CCGCAGUGCGGGCGCAGGGCGGAGCUCCCGGCUGUGUAGUACGUGUGCUUCACAGCGGCCGGUGAGCUAACUAAUUAACUAAAGCUACAGCUGAAUUGAACUCACAACCAUGGUGCUGCUUGAAAACGAUUCGUUCCUCACAGAGCUCACACGGCUGUUCCAGAAGUGCAGAACCUCUGGCAGUGUUGUCAUCACACUAAAGAAAUAUGACGGGAGGACCAAGCCAGUGCCCAGAAAGGGCCACUCAGAGUCAUUUGAGCCAGCAGACAACAAAUGUCUCAUCAGAGCGUCUGAUGGCAAGAAGAAAAUUAGCACAGUGGUCAGCACCAAAGAAGUAAUCAAGUUUCAGAUGGCAUAUUCCAACCUCCUUAGAGCCCACAUGGACGGACUUAAGAAGAAAGAUAAGAAAAGCAAAAGCAAGAAAACCAAAGCCACCCAAUGAGCAAUAGACUCUUAACAUAACCAUGGAUACCUAAACUGGCCAGUACCAUCUGAGGGAAUGGGAGAGAGGGCUUCACUCGGUCUGCAGUCCCACCCAGCCAUCCCCUCCCUCACCCCACCCAACCCAGUUCACCCGAGGCCUCAGAAUCACUGUUCAUCCACCCGGUGACUGCUUUGAUAUUUUGCCAUUGUUUGCAUGGUAAUGUCUCCUCCCUGGCCGCUCGGUACCAUCGGUGAUUUGGAACAGAAAACCUGAGGAUUUCUUGUAUCCCACGCAGCACGAAGCAAGCCAACUAUUGAAUCUCCACCACUUCUGCUUCGGAAACAGGUUGUCAACAACUGCGUCGCCUCUGGAGCCAAAUCCAUGGAGUGCAAUGAUUAACUGCCUUUCAUACUAUUUAAUUGUUAGAGUCCCUAUUUAUGUUAUAUUUACGGCUGACCAGUGAGUUUUGUUGGCUUGUUUCAAAUAUACUGUGUUAGGAGGGAUGUUUAAUUUUCCUUUUUUUUUUUUUUUGCAUAAGUGUUGAAAUUUCAGCAAAGGUGCUUGGAAACAGAACUAAAUCAUAUCUUGUUUGAUAUAUUUUUAACCAUUUUCUCUCUUAACUUUGCUCAAUAUUAGGGAUAAAACUUUAUUUUAUGUUUUUUAUUUUACCCUAUGAUGUACAAUAAAUGAUAUGUUUCCCCUUGUCCAUACCAAGCUGUCAAAACCGGUGGUCUGAAAUUGUUAAACACCAAUAAAAUGUAUAAAAUGUAUAGCUUCA